AUGGAGCGAGAGCAGCUCACGAGUGAGAAUUUCAAGCUAAGCGCGGAGUUUGCGAGCAAAGAUGCCACUAUAAAGUGCCUGGCGAGUGUUCUUGCUGAGAAGGAGAAGGAGUGGGUCGAGCGCUUGAGGCAGCAGCUUCGUGAGCAGCUGCGGACACGGCAAGACCUUGCAGUCAGGAUGCAGGAGGCAGACAGGGAGGUUAGAGAGCGCGAAGAAGAGCUUGAAAGGACGAGCCGCAAAGUUCACCAGGCAAUCCUCGUGAAGAAUCGAUCAGAAUUGGAGCCGCGCGUCUACACCAAAUUUUGCGUCAAUACCGAGAGCUUCGCCAAGAACGAGUUCGCGCACGGUCUGAGGUUCCUCACCGCCGAGUCACCCUACACUCCACCCGCAAGUGGUGACUUGUACGUCUCUGCUGCACCGACUGAAGAUGGAUAUCUUGCUGCGGUGUACAGUGACCAAGGACCGGAGCAAACUCAAAUCGAACACGUGCCGUCUCCGCUUCGAACCGUGGAGGAGUUCCCAGUGUUGACGGAUGAAUCGUGGAACUUGAUGGAUACCUUAGCGGCGCGGACUGAAAUUGCGACCCCAAUGGACCUCUCGACUUUAGGUGAGCCGCUUCGAGUCCAACGAGUGUCGGAUGAUAACUCGGACGGUGGCUUUGACUCGGAUACGGACUAA